UAAAUAAUCAUUAAUUAUUAUAUUACAGUAUUAUAUUACAGUGUGAAGCUUUAUUAGUGCAUAUAAGUGAAUCAUGGGGAACGAGGGGGUGAGUGUGGGGUUCAAACUGUACUGUUUGACGGUGAUGACUCUGGUGGCAGCGACGUACACCAUAGUGUUACGGUACACCCGGACAGUUCAGACUGAACUUUACUUCUCCACCACGGCUGUCUGUCUCACCGAGGUCAUCAAACUGUUCCUGAGUAUAGGAAUGCUCACUCGUGAAUCAGGAGGGGUGAGCAGAUUUAUGGCUACAGUAGAGGAGCACAUAUUUCGGAGUCCUGUAGAGUUGUUGAAGCUGAGUGUUCCAUCUGUAGUUUACGCCAUUCAGAACAACAUGGCCUUCAUCGCCCUUAGUAAUCUGGAUGCAGCCGUCUAUCAGGUAACCUACCAGCUAAAGAUCCCGUGUACGGCGCUCUGUACGGUACUGAUGCUGAACCGCUCUCUCAGUCGAGUGCAGUGGUUCUCUGUCUUCAUGCUGUGUAUGGGUGUUAUCCUCGUUCAGUGGAAACCUGCUGAGUUAACCAAAGUUCAGAUGGAGCAGAACCCGGUCGUCGGCUUCAUGGCUAUCGCUAUAGCGGUUCUCUGUUCUGGAUUUGCAGGGGUGUACUUUGAGAAGGUGUUGAAGAGUUCCGAGACAUCUCUGUGGGUGAGGAAUAUUCAGAUGUACUUGUCGGGGAUUGUUAUCACACUGAUUGGUGUUUACAUGACUGAUGGACAGCAGGUGAUGGAGAAAGGUUUCUUCUAUGGUUACACAUCGUGGGUCUGCUUCGUCAUCUUUUUAUCGAGUGUAGGUGGUCUUUACACGUCAGUGGUGGUGAAAUACACUGAUAACAUCAUGAAAGGGUUUUCAGCUGCAGCCGCCAUCGUUCUGUCUACUGUCGCCUCAGUGACGCUGUUCGGUCUGCAGAUCACGUUGACGUUUGCCUCCGGAGCUCUGCUGGUGUGUGUCUCCAUUUACCUGUACGGAUUACCCAAACAGGACACCAGCAUGCUAACCAGAGCUAAAGAAGCUAACAAAGCUAGCAAAGAGCUCAGCAACAUCUAAGGAACUGUUAGUAGAAGAUGACAGAAAGAUCUGCACUUUUCUCUUUUGCGUUCACAUUGUUCAACUGCUAAAAUAAUUUUUGUACAGUACUGAUCCUGAAAAUGAGAGCCGGCGCCUGGCCUGUGUAUCAGAAAAAAGAGGCUGAGCCAAGGAGAGACUGACUGGGUUAAAACUGAAAUCAAGAUCAUUCUUAACCAUUAAUUUCUAUCAUGUCUGUGUGUGUAAUUUCUGUGUUUUUGUACGUUCUCUUCUGUUAAACUAUUUUACAAAUCCCAAGUUCUCGUUGUCUCAUAAGGCAAAACAAAUGAAAGUAUUUAUCACGAGGUUUAUUUUUUAUCAUAUAAUCAUUUUUGCUUUCAACUCUGAUAUAAACUGUUAAAGAAGCCUAAUUUAUUACAUGUUAUGAAGCCCUGGUCUCACUAGUCUCUUUGGACGUGAAUACAUUGAUUUGAAUGAAAUUUAAUAAACCAUGUCACUAACAAUGCGAAGUAAAUUGACCGGAGAAAGCAGGCAAACUGGUUUUUUAAAUGUGUUGGCCCACAAAUUUUGUCGGCUACUAAAAACACAACAGAUCUGCUUUGCUGAUCUCUGAUCCAAAGUAGCUGAAGUGCUAUCAGUGUAGCAACUGAGAUUUAAUGCAGUAUUACACACUGAUUUAUUAUAAAUGUCUGAAUUGAGACUGUAUAAAUGUAUUUUAAAGCUGCCAAAAAUGACUUGGACAGUUGAGUGAGUGUGAGAACUAUCUCCCAAUUCUAAAUUGGUUCUCAAAAUUAAAACAUUAAAUUCUACUUAUGAAGAUGCAAAACAAGAAUUUCCAGAUUACAAGUUGGUAACUGACAACUUAUGACGAAAUUGUUAACUAAGUUACCGUUGUGGACCUUCACCGGCUAAACUUCACUCAUUUACAUAUUUACUAUUCAAGAUUUUAUGCAAAAUUUAUUUGCAUAUUUAGUGUAUGUAUAGUGUAGUGAAAACUUAAUUUGUAUGUUCUUCAACAAUCUUGAAUGAAAACCCCUUAAUAACAUUGUGUCUUAGAAAUGGAGUUUGGGUAGAAAUAAUUAUUAUGACUGUAUUCAUUUUAGUAUUCUCCACAAUAUUGUAUUUAAAACUAUUACAAAUGUCGGUGUAUUUUUAUUACACAUUCUGUUGUAGCCUGGACAACAAUAAAUGGGACAUUAUUUGAUUAUAAA